AUGGCAUCAGAAGGCCUUCCCUCUCUCCUGGUUUUCGGACCACAGACAGAAUUUCCAUCGGAACAGGUUCUCCACGAUCUCCGCCAAGAGCUUCUCAGCAGUCCCCGGCUUUCGGUUCUUUUGAAAGCGAUCGAUGACUUGCCCCAGUUCUGGCAAAGCUUAGUUGAUUUUGAUCCGAGUCUGCGUCAGAUUCCCGGGAAUGAGCAUCUUGGUCAACUGAAGCAGUGGGUCAAAGUCGGCGGUCAAUUUCCCCACCACGAGAGCAAUGCACCUAAUCAUUACGCUCUUGCCGUCACCGUCUUACUACAGAUAACCCAGUACAGUCGGUACCUUGACAAGCUCGGUAAAGACUCGCAUCGCAAAGUUCUUGAAGGCGUUAAGGAUGGGGGAAUUCAGGGCUUCUGCAUUGGAUUUCUUAGCGCAGUUGCUGUGGCAACCUCGGAAAGCGAAGCUGACCUCGGUUCUUCUGCCGCUGUCGCACUUCGCCUUGCUGUGAGUAUCGGGGCCUACGUCGACCAAGAUGGCGCAUAUGCUGCGGUGGCAACAGAUUAUCUUGCCGUUGCUGUUCGAUGGAAGGAAGGAAAUGAAGAAGAAAAAGCCAGUACAGCCGGGAUUGCUCAUUUACUUCCUCAGGCAUACAUCUCUAGCAUCAACGACGCGACAAGUGUAACCUUUACCAUCAGGGCCGCCGAUCUCGAUACCCUCACGAAGAUAGCUCGUGAGAAACACCUACUUAUCAAAGUUGUCUCUGUCCAUGGCCGUUUCCACACCUCCAGUCAUUUUGACGCAGUACACAAGAUUGCGAGGCUUGCUUCGCUGUCUCACGGACUCGAGUUUCCAGAUGCAAAGAAAUUGCAAGUCCCCGUCCGCAACACUGCGGAUGGUGUUAUGAUCUCCCAGGGGUCGCUGACUAGACUUGCGCUGGAGAACUCAAUGAUCAAUGUUGCAAACUGGUACGAGACAGUAAAGGCAUCGGUCGAACAGCUACCCAAAUCUCUCCAGACGAUCGCAUAUGCUGGAUUCGGAAAUGCUAUUCCAGCUAGUCUAUUAAGAACUUCGAGCCUACAAAUAUUUGUUCUUGGAAAUAUCGAUGAAGCAAGUAAUCAAGUAAACGGUAUCAACGGUAUCAAUGGCGUUCACAGGUCCGUCGACCCCAACGACCUGUCUCAAUUUCCUUCUCAUUCCAUUGCUAUCGUCGGUAUGGCCGGAAGGUUUCCAGGUGCCGACUCGGUUGAUGAGCUUUGGGACUUGAUCAUGGAGGGCAAAACAAUGGUUGAGCCUGCGCCUGUCGAGACCUUUGGACUGCCUAAACUCAGGGAAGAUACGGGCACAAAGUGGUGGGGGAACUUUCUUAAUGAUCGAGAUGCCUUCGAUCAUAAGUUUUUCAAAAAGGCGUCCCGAGAAGCUCUUGCUUGGGAUCCUCAACAGCGCAUUUUGCUAGAAGUUGUCUAUCAGGCGUUAGAGUCUGCGGGUUAUUUCGGUGCUUCAUCCCUCUCAGAAGAACCACUCGAUUAUGGUUGCUACAUUGGUGCUGUCAUGAAUAACUAUUACGACAAUGUCUCGUGUGCUCCAGCUACUGCGUACGCUACGGUUGGAACCUCCCGCUGUUAUAUCAGUGGUGCGAUGAGUCAUUACUUUGGGUGGACAGGUCCAUCUUUGAGCAUUGAUACCGCUUGUUCAUCAUCACUUGUUGCUAUCAACACGGCUUGUCGAGCAAUAUGGUCUGGAGAAUGCUCUCGAGCGGUCGCUGGUGGCACCAACGUAAUCACAAGUCCUUUCGAUUAUCAGAAUCUAGCUGCCGCUGGCUUCCUCAGCCCAUCAGGACAAUGUAAGCCUUUUGAUGUAGAUGCUGAUGGUUACUGUCGUGGCGAGGGCGUAGCGGUGGUUGUUCUCAAGCAGCUCUCAGAUGCUGUUAGAGAUAACGACAAUAUUCUUGGCGUCAUUACUGGAUCUGCUGCAAACCAGAAUCGCAACUUCAACCAUAUUACACAGCCACAUUCGGGCUCCCAAGUCGAACUUUAUCAAAAGGUAAUGAAAUUGAGCAGUGUAACGCCAGAAUCCGUAUCAUACGUUGAAGCUCAUGGAACUGGAACUGGUGUUGGUGAUCCCAUCGAGGUCCGUAGUAUCCGGGAUGCUUUUGGAGGUCCUGGACGAGAUUCUCUUCUCCGCUUCGGCUCUAUCAAGGGUAACAUCGGGCACACAGAAGCAACUGCAGGAGUUGCCGGUCUCAUCAAGGUUCUGCUUAUGAUGAGACAUAAGAAGAUCACGGCACAGGCGAGUCACACAUCAGUAAACCCUAAGAUCCCCGCCUUUCAUCAAUCGAAGAUGGAAAUCUCACGAGAAAUCAUACCGUGGGAGGCUCCAUAUCUUCUGGCGUGUGUUAAUAGCUACGGGGCAGCAGGAAGCAAUUCAGCGGUAAUGAUUCGCCAGAAGCCAUCGAAACCCACAACAUCUGCGCCAGUACCUUUACCCAGUUAUCCCCUUUUCAUCUCAGCCGGGUCAGCCAACAGUAUCUCCCAAUACAGCAAAAAGUUGCUAGACUGGUUAACAGCCGCUAAAGCCGAAGCAGGCUCGGAUAUCCUUGCUUCGCUAGUUUUUAAUCUUGCUGAUAGGGCCAACCAUGCGCUGCCUCAUGUGUUCACCACAACUGUAAGCAGUGUUAGCGAUCUGGAGACCAAACUUGAAGCAGCGGCAGUUGGUUCAGGGAUCAUAAACCCCCCUCAAGGAAAGCCUGUAGUGCUCGUGUUCGGUGGCCAAGAAAGCAACUUCAUUGGCCUUUCCAAAACCUUUUACCAAUCUUCAAAGCUCUUUCGCCAGCAUCUUGAUUCUGUUGACGAUCUCUUGACCUCGGUCGGGAAUGAGAGUUUCUACCCUUUCAUAUUCGAUUCGGAGCCGUCCCAAAACCUGAUCACUUUGCAUUCGGCCCUGUUCGCUAUCCAAUAUGCGUCCGCUAAGUCUUGGAUGGAUAGUGGUCUUAAGGUCAGUGCAGUUGUGGGUCACAGUUUUGGUCAACUCACAGCUUUGGCCAUCUCCGGUGCACUUUCACUAUCAGACGCGUUGAGACUGGUUUCCGGGAGAGCAUCACUGAUGCAAAAGCACUGGGGCCCUGAGCCAGGGUCUAUGCUGUUCCUGCAGGCUGACCGCGCCACCGUUGAGGAAAUCCUUCGUUCUUUGAGGCUAGGUGGCGAAGGCUUGUAUGCCGAGAUCGCAUGUUACAACGGUCCCGAGAGCCAUGUUGUUGUAGGGUCUAGUGAGGCAGUCAAAUACUUACAGCAGCAUGUCGCAAAUACACCACAUCUUCAGAGCUCAGUCCGCACCAAGAAACUCAAUGUCACCAAUGGAUUUCACUCCAGAUACACUGAGCCACUGCUGCCACAUCUCGCCUCUCUAGCUGAACAGUUAGAGUGGAGACAGCCAGAUAUUCACCUCGAAACCACGGACGAGUUCGAAAGCAAAAUCACGCCUGACUUCCAGCUUGCUGCAGAGCAUACGAGACGGCCGGUAUUUUUCCAACGAGCGGUAGAAAGGCUAACCAAGAAUUUCUCGGAUUGCACGUGGAUCGAGGCAGGUCGUGGAUCUUCCGUCAUGCAGCUCGUUAAACUCUCCGUACCAAAGUCACAGGAGCACGCAUUUCAUGUUCCUCAACUCACUUCAGCUCAUGCGCAAGACUCACUUACCGCCGUCACGAUUGAUCUCUGGAAAAGCGGGCAUACCACUCAAUACUGGCCAUUCCAUAGAAGUGAGAAACCAGACUAUAGAUAUCUCAGCCUGCCCCCUAUACAAUUUGAGAAGCUUCGGCACUGGCUUCCGUUCACAGGACGAGAUCUCAUCCAAGACGCUGAAACCGUCCCAGCGCAAGAUGAAGACGAAAUGCAUGAACUUCUUACGUUCCUCAAUUUCACGGAUGCGACAAACAAAGAAGCGGUUUUCAGGAUUGAUCCCAAAGCAGAUCGUUUUCAGAAAAUGUUGGGAGGGCACGUCAUGGCUGGACAGUCACUAGCCCCAGCAUCUUUGUACUUCGAGAUCGUAGCUCGCGCGGCUCUCCUGCUAGAGAGAGAUACCCAGGCAGUGAAAUUUGUGCCAACAGUCCACGAUCUGCUUAUGAGAUCUCCCAUUGGCCAAAGUACCACAAAGAAGAUUUCACUCGUGUUAAAGAAGCUGGAUGACAUUCGUCCCUCGUGGUCGUUCUCCAUCACCACACAGGACACGGAGAUUGAGAAGGCAGAGCCCUUUGAGCACUCUACCGGCAGGGUGUAUCUGAAGAGACGUAAUGAUACGCAGCCUAAGCAACAAUUCGAACGCUUCGAGAGCUUAAUAGGUCAUCGCCGACUUGAAGAGGUGCUGAAUAACCCAGAUGCCGAAAAGAUGCAGGGCAAACACGUCUAUCGCGCCUUCAAUACCGUCGUUUACUAUGGCGAAGCUUUCCAAGGUAUUAAGCAAGUAUCUUGCGUCGGAUUCGAAGCCGCUGGAAAGGUCAGGGUCACACCGACGCUGGCUGAUCCAGCUGACCAACGCCUGACCGAUACCCCCAUGACCGACAGCUUUAUGCAGUUUGCAGGAUUUCUAGUUAACUACUUCAACAAUCCGAGCAUGGAAGAUGUUUUCGUUUGCAUGAAAAUCGAGCAUAUCGAAAUUGGUGGGGCUUUUGAUCCAGAUGCUGGAGAAUGGCUUGUGUACUCAACCAUGAACGAGGGUGGUGAAACGGAUGCCGCGGCAGAUGCAUAUAUCUUCGAUGCCAGGACCAAGAAGAUGGUUAUGGCUGCAUUCGGCUUUCGGUUUUCGAAAAUGACUCAGAGUUCCUUGGCCCGGGUGCUGAAAAGCGUCAACAAGUCUGCAAAUACUACAUCACCACUGAAGGACGAGACCCCGGUUGAUGCUUCUGGUAAUUUCUCUCAACAAGCGGCUAUCACCCCGGUGAAGAGAUCUGUUGGAAAACGCCAGGAAGUGUAUCAAAUCUUGUCUGAUGUCACUGACAUUUCAAUCGAAAAUCUCAGAGGCGAUUCUACACUGGACGAGCUUCAAAUAGAUUCACUGAUGGCAACAGAAGUGCUCAACGACAUCCGGUCAAUCUUGGGCCUGACUAUUGAUUUGUCGAGCUUCUUGUUCUUUGAAAAUAUUGAAGCCAUCGUCGCCCACAUUGAUGAAAAGUUGGGCAUCUCUGGAACUGGAGGUAGUGAUUCGGGGUACGAGGAUGAGGAUGUGAGUAAACACAGCCCCACACCCACAACAGCUAUAUCAGACUCGGGGAAUGUAGAACAGCCGAAGUCGAUUGUGAUAGUGGAGGAGCCAAAGUCUACAAGUCGACCUACUAUCACUUCAGCACAUCGAGCCUUCAACGAGACGCGGUUCAACUAUGACCAACAUGCCAAAACCACACAAGCCGUUGGCUUCUGGGAAAAGGAAUACCCGAACCAACGACGACUAGUCUUAGCUUACGUCCUGGAAGCAUUUGCUGAACUAGGAUGUGACUUGAAAAGCCUUCAAAGUGGCGAUGAUGUUCCUCAGAUCACAGCCCUUGGUAAACAUGCGCUUCUUGUCCGUCAACUCUACCGAGUGCUGGAGGACGGAAAACUCAUUAUUUCAUCCGGAAAGAAUCGAUUCACUCGAACAGAAGUCAUUGUGGAUUCUACACCAGCGGAGUCCAUCUACCUGAAAAUGAUAGAUCAGCAUCCUCAGCAUGCGACUGUGAAUAAGCUGGUGCGAGCAAUUGGGUCCGAGCUGGCUACGUGCUUACGUGGUGAGAAGGAGGGUGUGCAGAUUCUCUUUGGCAAUCGAGCCACCAAAAAGACAUUAGAGGAAUUCUACAGCGAGUGGCCGCUGUUCAAGGCACCCACUCUUGUUCUUUCUGACUUUUUAUCCACGGCUUUCAAGAAAGCAACCGGUGGAGGCAAGUUUCGCAUCCUCGAAAUCGGAGCCGGUACGGGGGGCACGACUCGACUGCUUGUCAAUCACCUCCAGCGUCAUGGCAUCGAGUUCGAGUAUGUUUUUACGGAUCUGGGCGUUUCGCUCGUCAACGCUGCCGCCAAGACAUUCAAAGGCAUAGAAGAAAUGUCGUUCGACGUCCUAGAUAUCGAGCAACCUAUAAAGCCUGAAUACGAGGGUGCCUUCCAUUGCGUUCUUGCGACCAAUUGCAUCCACGCAACAAGGAAUCUUGAGGUGUCGCUGAAGCACAUGCGACAGAUGCUGCGGGACGAUGGCGCCCUCGCAUUAAUUGAGAUUACCAGGAACGUUUUCUUUUUCGACAUUAUCGUCGGGCUGCUGGAAGGCUGGUGGUUGUUUGCGGAUGGCCGUGAACAUGCAUUGAUUGAUGAGAAGCAAUGGGAGCGAAAAAUGAAGACCGCAGGCUUUGGUGCGGUGGCAUGGAGUGAAGGUGCUGCACCUGAGUCCCAGACAGUGCGUGUUAUAGCCGCAUUCCCAAAAAGCGACGAGAGCGUCACAGCCUUACCGGCAACCGAGAAGUCAGUGAAAGCCGCGAUGGAGACGGUCACUUAUAAGAAGAUUGGGAAUCUGGAUAUCCUCGCUGACAUCUACUACCCGACUGAAGGGGAGGCACUGGCAGGCAAGAAGUUGCCGGUAGCUUUGAUGAUUCAUGGAGGUAGUCAAAUGUUGUUUAGCAGAAAAGACAUAAGGCCUGCUCAGACGCGUCUCCUGCUCGCGAAAGGCUUCUUACCAGUCAGCGUAGAUUAUCGGCUCUGUCCUGAAGUCAGUCUAGCAGAAGGGCCCAUGGUAGAUGUGUGCGAUGCUCUCGAAUGGGCUCGUUACAAACUUCCUGAGCUGCAACUUCAGCGACAUGGGCUUCAUGUCGAUGGCGAGAAAGUUGUAGUAGUUGGCUGGUCUUCAGGCGGCCAACUCGCCAUGUCGUUAGCUUGGACUGCACCAUUACGUGGAUUACCUCCCCCAGAGGCAGCUCUAAUCUUCUACGCGCCAACCGACUAUGAAGAUGAAUGGUGGCAGUAUCCGAUCCAGCCAAAUGGGGCUCCAUACACAGGCCAACAGUAUGAUCUUCUAGAGGGAGUCCGGGAUGAGCCUAUCGCGAGCUACGACAUGGUGGGAGCGUGGGAAGAGCCUAUCGCAGAUCCACGAAGCCAAAAGGACCCCCGUUGUCGUAUUGUACUGCACAUCAACUGGAAAGCUCAGACUCUACCAGUCAUCAUGUAUGGCCUGCCCAGCACCAAGAAGGCUGACCCGAAUGUCGAUUAUAACAUGCUCCCGCAACCCCCGCUCGACAUUAUCAGGCAACAUAGUCCACGGGCUCAUAUUCGUCAAGGCACUUAUAAUGUGCCAACCUUCUUUAUUCAUGGCACGGCCGACGAUCUGAUUCCAUGGCAGCAGACGCAGGGUACAUAUCAGACAAUGCGUGAGAAGGGCAUCGAUACGGAUUUGGUGCUUCUUGAGAACGGUCCACAUAUCUGCGACCUGAGUGGUGAUCCCAAGUCGGACGGUUGGAAAGCAACGGUGAAGGGAUACAACUUCAUCACUUCCCAUGCCAUUUGA